AUGUUUGGAGCGCUUCGCAGGUUCGGCGUGGGCUCGGUGGCUUUGCGCCGCUAUUCGACGGAGGUUACGCUUGAAGAAGAGCGGGCGAUGAGCCAGCUCCGGGAGAUCUUGCGUACUCGCUCGUUCACUGCUGAGAAGGUAGACAUGUCACCGGAGCUGCGGGAGAAGGUGGCCCGUGAGUUUGAUUCGUUUAUUUCCGAGUUUGCGCUUGAUCACGAGUUCACAGACGAGCUAAAUGAGUAUUUUGAGCGUACCUUGAACAACACAACCAGUCUGCAUGAGGUUGUGACUGCUCGUCCGGCCACUAAGAUGGAGCACGGAAACAUGCGUGGAUUCGCUGCCAUGCCCAAGCUCAAGCGCUCGCAGUUUGAAGAGCCCUAUACCAGCCAAGAGCUGUUUUUACGCCGUCUUUUCCAUGCCAGCAGUGUUGCUGGUUCUGGUGCGGUUGUGACAGAUGCCUAUCGCCCGCACGAAGACGUUUUUGCCCCGGCAUCAAUCAAGGACACUUCUGUGGCCACGUUGUUGGCUGCCGGUGCUCAUUUAGGCCACAUUACCUCCCGCGUUAGAGCAAACUGCUUGCCGUUUAUUUAUGGUGAGCGCGACGGUAUUCAUAUCAUUGAUUUGGAUCAGACUCUGACCUUCCUUAGAAGGGCAGCAGCUGUCGUCGAAGGGGUUGCUCAGCAGGGCGGAAUUAUCCUUUUUGUUGGUACUCGUGAUGGUCAGGAGCGUUCGGUCGAGGUUGCUGCCAACCGUGCUGGUGGCUACUACGUCCACACUCGGUGGGCCCCGGGCACAUUGACCAACGCUACAAACAUGUCCAACACUUGGGAACGUCUUGAGGUGGAUAUGGGUGAUCGUCCUACAAGCCGGACUUUAGGCACUCAUCUCAAGAGCACCAUUGUCAAACCGGAUCUUGUGGUUGUGUUGAACCCGGUUGAGAACCGGCCGAUGUUGAACGAGUGUUUGACUGCCCGAGUUCCUACUAUUGGUCUUGUUGAUACAGACAGUGAGCCCUCACUUCUUACUUAUCCUAUUCCUGCUAACGACGAUUCGUUGCGUGCCUGCGACCUUGUGCUUGGUGUUCUCUCCAACGCAGCUAAGCGGGGCCGGCAGACACGUCUGGCUGAUUUUGGUAAAUUCAAACAAGCCGAGGAGUUGGCCAAGUCGGGUGAAGGCUUCAACGCAUAA